GAGGGAGAGAGUAACCGCACCUCCACACCUCGUCCCAACUACUGACUGAACCCAUACCUUACCCUUCCCAUCUCUUUUCUCUCAACCGACCAUUGAUGCCCUUCAAUUCAUGCCAACCACUCUCUUCUGAAGAAAGAGAGAAGUUCCACUGCCAUCACUUCCCCUCCUUGGGAAAGACACAUACAUAUGUGAAGACACAGGCUGCAGCGGCGUGUUUCUGUUUGUUCUUCUUUUGCAGCACCAUUGAUGCCCUUCAAUUCAUGCCAACCACUCUUUUCCGAAGAAAGAGAGAAGUUCCACUGCCAUCACUUAUUUCCCCUACUUGGGAAAGACACAAGCUGCAGCGGCGUGUUUCUGUUUCUUCUUCUCUUGCUUGCUGCAUACUAAGUGAUCGAGCCUAGUGGGAGGACAGAGGGAGAAAUUGGCCGCCAUAUAAGGAUGGUGGAGUUUAUGGCGGUCGUGGUGAUCAGGGGGUACGACGCGUAGCGGGACCCGGGGGGAGCAGAUGUGGGAGGUGGGGUACAGCAGCGCUGCCAUGUCCGCCACUCCCCUUCCUUCCUCAUGCUCGUCCGUAUUCCUUCUCUUUUUUUUCUUUUUCUUUUUGUGUUCCAUUCUUUCCGAUCAUCUCCUGUUUCUGAGUUAACGCACUUUGGACAUCCUUUUGUGAUCUUAUUCUCCUCAGUAAGUAUGCGUAUGUGUAUGCGAAGAAGCACAAUCAUUAUGUUAAUAAAGGUGGCGGAGAUGAUUAGCGGGCCGGAGAAGGAGGACACCGUGACAUCGGCGCCGCCUCUCGGCACCUUUCUCGCCGUCCCUCCUUCGCCCGUAAUCCCUGCCACCACCCGUGAAUGACCGCGCGGGUCCCGUGAUGAUUCCUCCCACCCGUGAACGACGCUACAAGGCGUGGAGACCCCGCAGGUCCCGUGAUGAUCCCUCCCACCCGUGAACGACGCAACAAGGCGUGGGGACCCCGCAGGUCUCCCCUCCCACCCGUGAACGACGCUACAAGCGUGGGGACCCGGCUGCCGAGCGGUGGCGACGUACGAGCCUCUCUCCCAUCACACUAAUUACUAUCUUUAAUACUAAUCUAAUCGAAUGGCAUCCGGGGAUUACACGUCCUCGCGGGGGGCAGGGGGGCAGGGCGGUGGCGGCAAAGGCUGGCGCGGGCGAGCCGCGCGGUGGAUAAGCAAUCCUUCCCCUUGGAGAUACCAUCAUAUCCAAGACUGUGGGCUGGUGCAUACUCCUACUCUGAGCGAGAUACUAAGGCUGAUGCUCUUGAAAUCGCACAAAAGAAGGGGAGUAAACGUGUUGGCUGAGAUUGAUGUGCCCGGCCAUGCUCUCUCAUGGGGUGUGGGCUAUCCUGAUUUGUGGCCCUCAGCUGAAUGCCAAGAACCACUUGAUGUCAGUAAAGAGUUCACAUUCAAAGUAAUUGAAGGAAUUCUUUCUGAUUUCACUAAGGUUUUCAAGUUCAGGUUUGUCCAUUUGGGGGGGGGUGAUGAAGUUAACACAACCUGCUGGACCAACACUCGUAUAAUUGAAUGGUAUGUAUCCUUACAAACCCAAAUUUUCACCUUUAUAGAAUUUAUUCAUGGCAUAGAUCAUAGUUUCUUCUACCUCUAAUAGUUUUUAUCAAGACAACUUCAUCGUUUAUCUACAUUCAUUAGAAUGCCCAUGUCUUUCUUUGGGACUUAAAUUUUAUAGUACAUUUUCAGCCUUUAAUUUCCAUUCAAAUUUCGUAUCAGCUUUGCCCACCUCUCUUGAGGAACAAGUUGAUGAUUACGCUUAAGCAAAUUUUCUUACUCAGUGAAUUUAUAAUUGUUUUGGAACAAAAACUUAUUAAAUAUCAUGAGAGAAGGGUUUUUGAAGUUUGAAAAAAAAAAGGAAACUUAGGUUUCACUUUUUCUAAAAAUUAUCAAAUAUUUAGAAUAACUUUGAAAUGACUAACAUAGUUCUAAAUGAUCAUCAUUUUCUUAAGGUAUCAAAAUAGGUGUUUUCAUAAUUUGAUUCCUUUAAAUUUUGAAUUUGUUUUGUUUAUCUAAUUUUAUCAAAUUUAAGUUAAAUUUACAACUACUUCGGCCAAAAAAUCACUUGAAUAUUAUCUUAAAAGGUUUUCUGAAUUUUUAUCCUUUUAAAACCUGGAUCAUACUAUUUUUGAAUGAGAUUAUACUAUCUUUAGGUUCCUAUUAAAGAAAAUUUAACCCCAUUAAAUUUUUUUUAGGAAAUUUAAAAAAAUUAUAAGCACAAAUACCUAUGUUUCUAAUUUUAGUCUUUAAAAUAGGUAUUUUCACUUAUUAAAGCCCUUAAAAGAUUGAAUUUGUCAUUAUCUAAAUUAACCUAGUUUAAGGUGAAUUUACAACCACCUUGAUCUAAAAAACCAGUUAAAUAUUAUUUUUCUGAAGUUCUAUUAAAAAAUUAUUUUCGAGACUAAGAGUUAUAUUAUUUCUGGAGUCAUAUUAAAAACAGUAUAAUCUUAUUAAAAAAGAAUAACUCAUGAUCCACUUUUCUCAAAAACUAUCAAAUUUCCAAGAUACUUUGGCAAUGACUUACACAGACUUAAAUGAUUUUUUCUAUUUUUUACCCUUAAAAUGAUGAAUCUGUGUUAAUUUUAUAAAUUUGGCCAAUUUAUGAUGAAUUUUCAACCACUUUACCCCAAAACCACUUGUAUAUUAUUAGAGAAUGUUUUUUUAGUUACAUAGUUUUCAAACAAGGUAUAUUGUUUUUGGAAACCUAUUCUAAAAUAGUAUAAUCCUAAUAAAUAAAGUGUAAUUAAGAUAAGUCUUUAACAUUGGUAUUUUCACUGAUUUCGAUCCUUAAAAGGUUUAAUUUGUGUAUUUAUUUAAUUUUGGCUAAUUCAACAUGAAUUUAUAACCACUUUGAGCAAAAAAAACAUAUAAAUAUUGUUAGAGAAGAUUUUUCGAAGUUGAGAGAAAAUUUUUUGGAGACCUAUCUUAUGUUGUUUUAAAAUGAACAAGGUCACAUUAUUUUUUAGUCCUAUUAAAAAAAUGGUGUAAUCUCACUUUAAAUAAAUAUAACUCAGAUAUCACAUUUUAAAAAAAAUUAUUAAAAUCUCAGAAAUCCUUAGAAAUGAUAUACAAAGGCCCAAAUGACCUCUUUUUGGACAAAAUUACACAAUUUUUAACUUUAUUAAAAAAUAGUAUAAUCCCAUUAAAAAAGAACAUAACUUAGGUGCUAGUUUUCUUUUAUUUUUUUUGAAGUUUUAGGAAACUAUGGAAAUAAUGUAGGAAGGUCUAAAUGGCCACUUUUGGUUCUUAAGCUUUUAAAAUGGAUGUUUCCACGAUUUUUAGCCUUAAAAUAUUGAAUUUAUCUCAUUUUAAAAUUUUGUCCAAUUUAACGUGAAUUAAUAACCACUUUGGGUCACAAAAAAUGAAUAUCAUGAGAUUAAUGUUUUGAGAAAAUAAUUUUGAAGUCCUUGCUUAUAUUAUUUUUGAGAUUUGAUUUACACGAUUUUUGAAUAUGAUUGCAUUGUUUUUAUUAUUGAGUUCAAAAAUAGUGCGACUCAAUUCAAAAAUUUUAUAACUCAGAUCUCACUAUUUCUAUAUUUUAUGAAAUUUUAGAAUUCCUUUUAAAUGACUUACAAAGGCCUAUAUGUAUUUUUUUCCUAUUUCUAAGUCAUUCAAAUAGGCAUUUUCACUGAUUUCAACCCUUAAAUGGUUGAAUUUAUAUCAUUUUUUUUUAUUUUUAUAAAAUUUGAAGUAAAUUUAAACUAUGUCGGGUAUAAAUUCACUUAAAUUUUAUUGAAAAAGUUUUUAUAAAAUAAUAAAAAUAAAAUUUUGGAGACUCGAGUUACAUUUUUUAAAUCUAGGGUUGCAUUUUUUUUAAUCCUAUUUUAAAAAAAACAUUUAAUGUCAUUCAAAAAGACUACGAAGACUAGAAAACAAUUUAACCCCAUCCAAAAAGCCUUUAAAAUAGGUAUGAAUAUUUAUUUUAACCGUUAAAGCAGUUCAUUAAAGUCCGAUUUCAAAUAAAGUUCAUUGUACUUUUAUUUGAUCCAAUUUGAGUACUUCUAUAGGAUAGACCUCAACAGAGUAUUUUAGUCCUAUUUAAAUAUAGGAUAACCUUGUUCAAAAAGAGUAAAAGUCAGGUCUAACUCUUUUUUAUUUUCUAAUUUUUAAGAACAUAAAAAACUAUUUACAAAGGCCUAAAUCAUCAAAUAAGUAUUUCACAUAUUUUUAAGCUUUUAAAAGGGCCAAGAGUCAUUUUUUCAAUUUGGACCAAUAUAACAUGAAUUUACAACUAUUUUGUACGAAAAUCACUUAUAUGUUAUUAAAGAACGUUUUCUAAAGUUUUGAAAUAUUUUUUUUUUGAGACAAAGUUACACUGUUUUCAAAUUUUUAGGUUUUUAUUCAAAAAUAGUGUAAUUUAGGUCUAACUAUUUUAGAAAUAUCCAAAAUUUCGAAAAAAACUUGGAAAUAAUAUAUAAGACCCAAAUGAUCAUUUUUUAUUUUUAAUAUUUUAAAAUAAGAAUUUUUAUGUCAUUGUUGAGACAACCUAAUGGUUAAUGCAUUGUUGCAAUAUUAAUUGAUGUAAGGUUCGACUACAUGUUUGAGUGUCUUAUACAUUGUUUAAUGUAAUAAUUUUUUAAAACAUAUGGUUAUUAAUUUUUUAAAUCUUUGAAAAGCUCAAUUUGUACCUUUUUUUUAAAUUUGAUAUUUAAAGUGAAUUUACAAUUACUUUAGGCCAAAAACUAGUGAAUAUUAUCGUCGUAUGUUUUCCAAAGGAGUUGAGUUACAUUGUUUUUGGUUCUCAUUUACAAACAAUAUUUCUUCAUUAAAAAAAAAUGCCAAUUCAGUCAACUAUUUCAAAACGAUCCAGGAUUUAAUAAAACCUUAAAAACAUUUUAUAAAGGCUUGAACAAUCACUUUUUCUAUUUCAAAUUUUAAAAUAGAUAUUUUAAACUUUCAAAAUCGAUAUUUUCACUGAUUUUAGUCCUUUUCGACUAAUUUGAAAAGAAUUUACAAUCACUUAGGCCAAAAAUCACUUGUAAAUUAUUAGAAAUUUUCUUUCUAAGUUUUAAUUAAAAAAUUGGAUACUUGAAUUACAAUAUUUUUAAAUAGCAUUGGACUAUUUUUGAGUCCUAUUAUAAAAAAUGUAACCUCAGUUUCACUCAAUUCAAAAAAUCAUUAGAUUCUGUUUCUCUUAUAAAUUUACAUUCCUCCAAUAACAUUCAAUUAUAUUUCAUCUCUUGUUCCUUAAUCCUUCAGUAACUUUCGUUGUCUGACAAGCAUAAAAAAAAGGUGUAUCUGUCUGAAAAUUGCAAAGAAUUUUGGUGAACUUCUAUGAUUCAUAGAACGCCCUAUGCCUCAAGCUCGUCGCCUCCGACGACGUCAUCGUCGCCGAGGUACUGCCGCUGCCGACGCUCCCGUCGUUGUGGUACCUCUUGUGCCCCCCAGCGCUUGCCCCAACGGAAACGUCUUCAGGCACACCGAACACCGGUGCACCCUGCCGCCGUCGGAGGCCGCCGCAGUGGCGCUUGCGCUUGCCGUGGAAGAGCCCCGAGGCCGAGGCUUCCUCGACGCCGCUGCUAGGCUUCCGAUGGCUGGCAUUGUGCCCGCCCAGGUGAUCGAAUCAAACCUGAAAAACCAAAGAAAGAAGCAAAAAAAACAAAAAAUAAAAAAACAAAAAAUAUAUAUAUUGUGCAUAAAGAAAUAACUGAGAAAGAAAAGUUUUACCAUAACACAGAUUUAACCUCCUCAUUUCAUUCCAUUCAUAGUAUCCACUUACAAAAUUAAAGCACAUUCCUAAUACUUAAUCACACAUCCACUAAAUAAAGAUAGAUAAAUAAAAAUAUGAGCAGGAUUACAAUAAUAAACUACAUAGUACUAUUAGUCUAGGCAGGAACUAAGAUGACGCAGACAACACUCUUCUUCUCUAGUCAUUCUUCCAUAAACUGUCAUUAUAAAAAUAAGCACCAUAAUUAGUAUAAAAAUAAAUAAUAUCAAACACUUAGCCAUCACACAGUCGAUAACUCGCACUCGGUGUUUACCAUGAGAACCAUUUUAUAGACAGAACCGGCAACUGGGGGAGCUGCGGAGGUCCACCUUCGCAUAGAUGGGGGCGGUGUGGUGCUUCGAGGGUGAGGGUAAUAAAUGUUGAAUCUCCGAUUUUGAUGAUGAAAUCAAUUGAUGGGUUAAUUGAUCUAAUCCAUAUUAUUGAGUUAAGUGUGCAGGAUUAACUACGAUAACCAGAAAACACAAAGCAAGAAUACCGGAGUCAAGAUCGAUGGACGUUUAAGAGUCCGAAGAAUCGUCGGAGAUGCUGCCGGAACCAACCGAGAAGAAAUCGGGAACCUAUCGGAAGUUCGCCGAAGAGAUCGUCGGAGGUUCACGGAGAUCACCAAGAAGGCUCGGCUACUCGUUAAAGUCAUCACAAGAUCGGGAGCUUGAUGGGAGUCCGUCGGAAGAAGUUCGUCGGAAAGCUCGCCGAAACAAGACUCGACGUUCGCGGUUGAAAGCUUGCUUAGGAUGUGAUUUUGUUAUGUAGUUCACUUGUAAUUAGGAUUAGGAUUAAGAGAUAAUCCUAUAUCCUGGUUAGGGGCCAACUGGGCCCAAAGUCAGAGUUGGUUUAGGCUAAAAAUUAAGCUAAACCAGCGAACUAGAGAGCCAAGAUUGAAGCCCAACUAGUGGCUGAAAACACUGUAGUCGGGCUGAAAACACUAUAGGCGGUGGCACCGCCCAGCACCCGAGAGCUGGGCGGUGACACCUCCUUGGCUGGGCGGUUGCAUCGUCCAGCACCCGAGCGCUGGGCGGUGGCACCUCCAGCACCAGGAACCCUAAGAAAAUUCAAAUUUUGGAGCCCAAAAUUUGAAUCCUCUUGAGGCCUAUAAAUACCCCUCAAAUCUCAGCUGAGGUUACAACUUUUUAGAAGCAUUUUUGAUUGAGAGAAAAGUCUUAGAAAGUCUUAGCAAGUCUUGUUUUCAAUUUGCUAGAGAGUUCUCCUCCUCCUUUCUUAUUGAAAAUUUGUAAGAGGUUGAGCUGCUUGUAAAAGGUUGUAAGAGGGGUGUUUACCCUUCCAUUUCAAAAGACUUGCUAGUGGAAGGUGGGAGCCUCAUCGAAGAGGGGCCUCGCAAGUGGAGUAGGUCAUUUGACCGAACCACUCUAAAAAUCGGCGUAAUCUCUGGUUUGCUUUUUAUUAUUGUCAUUUACAUUACUGCAAAUCUUCUUACUGCUUUAGUUCCUCAUUAUUCUUGCUGCGCAACUUUAAGAAUACGCCUUCAAGUUAAAUUUCUCAAGUUUCGUUCUUAACGUACGAAAGAUUUUGUCCAAAACCGAAGUUUUAAUCCGCUGCACUAAUUCACCCCCCCCUCUUAGUGCCGCUCCGAUCCUAACAAUAAACACGCCGCUGCAGCUUGUGUCCUUCCCAAGUAGGGGAAGUAAGUGAUGGCAGUGGAACUUCUCUCUUUCUUCAGAAGAGAGUGGUUGGCAUGAAUUGAAGGGCAUCAAUGGUGGGUUGAGAGAAAAGAGAUGGGAAGGGUAAGGUAUGGGGUUCAGUCAGUAGUUGGGACGAGGUGUGGAGGUGCGGUUACUCUCUCCCUCCCUCUUUUUAUAUGCAUAGCUGUAAGAGAAGCACAGGUAGAGAGAGAGAGAGAGAGAGAGAGCAGUGUGCAUAUACAUAGCUGUAAGAGAAGCACAGGAAGAGGGGUUGAAUUUCCAAAUGGAAAUGGCAACCAUUGCUGCGCGGUCCCUCUGCUUACUUCCAAUGUACAUAAUGGAAAUGCCAUAGCUAUUCCGUUCCCAUGUCCAUAAUAGCAUACUCGAAGGAUGUGACGUGUAUGUACAUUUAUACGUUCAUAGGCAUACGUUAAUCAGGGAUGAAGAGAAGGAGCAGGGCAGCAUGACACGAAUAGCGCCACAUAUUAUGUAAUCUAGAUGCGAGCUUCGCCACAAAGUAAGUAGCGGGUAAUGGCGCAUCAUCAUCGUUAUGGGACGGAUGUGUCGCGCACCACCCAAUUAAUGAUGGUGAUGGUGGGUGCACAUCGCCUGGGUGAUGAUGACAGCGAGAUGUAGGUAGAUGCGAACCAUGUAGCUUCGGGUGUACGACCAUGGUUGAACUGGCCCAUUUCGAUCUGACUCCCAAUGGUGGUACCUCCGAGUCCCACAUCUUUCCACCGAUAAGAAGAUGAUGUGCCCUGGUAGGUGCCUUCGCCGUGACAGACGAUUGUUUUCGUGGAUUCGUUUGAUGAAGGGUCGGACGGUUAAAUUCAAGAUGAUGUAUUGACCAACAAUCAGGUUACGAUGAUCUCAUCACCGUUCGAUAUGAAAUCAACUGUUUGAUGCUCAAGAUUAUUCA